GCAAAUUGUUUCAUCAGUCCCCAUAUCACAAACAAGUCCACAUUUGACUCUUUUUAACUACGGCAAAAGAGUAGAGAUCUCCCAAUAUUUUUCAAUUCCGUUCGCCGAUUUGCUUCCGCCGCUGCUCGCCGGCGCCGCCGAUUAAAUCCAGGGUCCACAGAUAUUUGUGAUAACAACUUCUAUCUAUUACGGUUGUAGCUCUUUGCAAGGAUCAACUUUUAUCUAAAAAGGGAAAGAUCAAGGUAAACCAUUAGAAUUCCUCAGUUAGGAUUACUAAAGCGAGAUUAGCUAAAGCACAUCUGUCCUAUUGACAAGGGUCUUCUGCUACCCAACUGCUCGAUCAAUGUUCACCUUUAAAAAAUCUAAAUAAUAUCAGUUAUUACUCAUUUCUUUUUAAAACAUCCUACUGAGAAUAAAGUGUGCCGGUGCGAUUGAAAGUGCCUACUUGGUUGCUGUUUCAUGGAUAUGAAGUCUCCUUAUGGGGUGAAUGUUAAGAAUUGAUUACAAUGGAUAGGGAUUUUGGAGAAGGCAUGCCGGGACAGCAAAAUAACUUUGAACAAGCUCGUUAUAGUUCUAUAGACACUAGAACAGAGGUCAUUGGUUCUUCAAACCAGAAAUUUUUCCAGGAUCCAUCAAGUUCUAUCAAUACAGACAUAAGACCACCUGAUUUCACUGUACCAGUCGGAGCUAGACCUGUAAUGAACUAUUCCAUUCAGACUGGCGAGGAGUUUGCUCUAGAAUUCAUGCGUGAAAGAGUUAACCCAAAGCAGAACCUCAUUCCUCAUGCUUCUGGGGGUACUGCUGGUGCAACUUCUUGUAUGGACCUGAAGGACAAAAGUGGAAUAUCUCAUACAGGUUCUGAAAGUGGAUCAGAUAUCGCCAUGAUCACCUCAGUUGGAAAAACUCAAGUUCAACAUCAUGAGAGGUCUACUUCUGUAAAUGAAGGGAUAAGCAACCACCAAGCUGUGCAAACUGAAACUAGAGCCUUAUCAAGAAAUAACAACAUCCAUGGAAUUCAAAGUCAUAUGUCUUCUAGAUCUAGUACAUUAACAAAGUUGAAGUUCCUCUGCAGUUUUGGUGGUAGAAUUAUGCCUCGUCCAAGUGAUGGGAAACUUAGAUAUAUUGGAGGUGAUACGCACCUCGUCCGUUUAAGAAAUGAUGUUUCUUGGGAGGAAUUCAGGCAAAAGAUGUUGACUAUAUUUAACAAUUGUCACACAAUAAAAUAUCAGCUUCCUGGUGAGGAUCUCGAUGCAUUAGUGUCAGUUUCUUGUGAUGAAGACUUGCAGAAUAUGAUAGAGGAAUGUAAUGUAUUAGAAAGUGAUGGAUCACAAAAAUUGCGUACAUUUCUCUUUUCUUACAGUGACUUGGAUGAUUCUCUGGUUGGUCUGGAGAAUAUUGAAGGAGAUUCAGAAAUGCAGUAUGUUAUUGCUGUCAAUAGCAUGGACUUUGGUUCAAGAAGAAACUCCACUGCUCUGGCAAGCACUUCAGAAAAAAACCUGGAUGAGUUUCUGAGUGCAACAAUUGCUAGGGAGAAUGGUCAAGUUGCUAGGCAUGUAGCAGGGGCAGAUACUUCUGAUCCAGUCAUUGGCAUCCCUCUAACAAGUCAAUCUGCUCAUGAAGGUGUAUCAAUUUCAUCACAUAGAAUACUUGGGUCAAACUUGGGGCAUGACUCCAAUCAACUGGAAUACUUGGGUCAAACUGUACAUCAUGGUGGUGCUGAAUGGCAACCUUUACCCUCUUCCAUAUCAGUUGACAACUUUCCAGGUGUAGGUGGCAAAAACCUGGUUCUUCCAUCUAUGCAAGUGCAGUAUAACCAUGGUUAUCAUCCACCCAACUCUUCACAACUUACAAAUAACUUUCUUGUAAGUUCGAGUCAUGGUUACAUGAAUUGGAAAGGAGUCGAGCAGUCUUACGAGAGCUCACAUAUGAAUGACCAAGAAUCACAUGCUACAGUAGUGAAUCUGAAAAGAGAUAACUAUCCCCGGGAGAUGUUUGAACUUAGUAAAGCCAAACCUCGAGAGAAGGAAGUGCCUGAGGAGGGAAAUAUAAAGAUAGAAAGCUCUUUUCAGAAAAUAAAUGAGCCUGAAAAAAUGUGGCCUUUGGAAUGCAAAAAAGUUGUUUCCUCAAACCCACUGAAUGAUUCCGCCUCAAGUCACGUUUCUAGAGUUGAAGUUCCGAAUUUCACUGCUGUGGCAGUUGUUGGAAACGAUGUUAUACAAUCUAAAAUUAAUGACAAGAGUCAGGAACAAGUUCAGAGUUCAGCAUCUCCUGUAGCUGUUCAGGAAGAAAAACUUGAUAGGUUCACAGAAGAUGGCUUCUCCGGAUCUGGUAGAAUAUCAAAUUCUGGCUAUGGAGACUCGGGGGCAAACCCACAUGACAUUAGCUACGAACAACCAUCAAUUCCUCCACGGACUUUUCGCUCUGAAUGGAUACCCAGGGAACAGCCCGGCCUCAAUCGUUUAUCCAAAUCUGAUGAUUCUGCUGCCUCGCAAUUCAUAAUGGCCCAUGCAUAUUCUGAAGGCUCACAGCAGAUCAUAGAAUCCGUUAAUAAAUUAAAUGAUGGGAAUGUGGCUCCCCAGACUGAGCAUUUUGUACCUUCUGGAAGAUAUGGGAAUGUGGCUCCCCAGACUGAGCAUUUUAUACCUUCUGGAAGAUCUUUGUCUGCUAAUCAACAAGCUACUGCAGAUAAAGGGGUAAAACUUCAGGAAUCUCAAGAGUUAAGUGUCAGUGCCAGAGAAGUUGAUACCAAGGUUGGUGGAGAACUUUCUGAAGCAAAUUAUAAGCCUGAGCUGAAAGCUGCAACUUAUGCAGAGAAAGUGAAAUCUGGACUAAGUGAUCCUAUCCUAAGCAAUAAUAUCCAGGCUGAGUCUGCUUCCAGGAAGACAGAGCUUCAUUGGGGUGAUGCAUCUUCACAUAGAGUCGAGGGAAAUAAAGAAGCAGAGCAACUACACUCUUUGGCUGAGAAAGAAUGUCAGGUUGGAGCAGCAGUUUCCACAGGGAUACCCUCUGGUACUGUUGGUACACUUGAGCAUGGAAGCAUUCUUUUUGACAUUAAUGACCGCUUUCCCCGUGAUUUUCUCGCUGAUAUAUUUUCCAAAGCCAAGCUUAUGGAUGCCUUACCAGUACCUGCCCCACUGUACAGUGAUGGAACUGGUUUGAGCUUGAAUAUAGAGAACCAUGAACCAAAGAACUGGUCCUUUUUUCAAAAGAUAGCUCAAGGUGAUUUUGAUAGAAGAAAUGUCUCUUUGAUGGAUCAGGAUCAUCUUAGUCUGUCUUCUACUCGUGCAAAUGUUGAUGAUGGGGUGUCUAUGGAUUAUGGCUAUCCUCCUUUAAAGGGUGAUGGAACAAUGUUAGAUCAUAUGGACUCUCAACUCAAUAUUGUAGCUGAGUUCCAGCAAGCAUCUCCUGAAAUUGUUGUCCCAGACACCAUGGAUUUGCCUUCCGAGUACAACCCUUCUCAAACCACUGACGUUCAAAGUAUGCAGUAUGAUGUUGAAUUGAGUUCAAAAGUACCUGAAUCGGGUUAUCAGGAUGAGAACCAAGGAGCUCAGAAUGCUGGCUUUCCGCUUACCAAUCUCCCGCUUGGAGACUUUGAUCCCAAUUCCUUGCAGAUAAUCAGUAAUGAAGAUCUUGAAGAGUUAAAGGAAUUAGGUUCUGGAACAUUUGGGACCGUAUAUCAUGGAAAAUGGAGAGGGACUGACGUUGCCAUCAAGAGAAUAAAAAAAAGCUGUUUCACAGGUCGGUCAUCAGAGCAGGAGAGAUUGACUGUGGAGUUUUGGCGUGAAGCUGAAAUUCUUUCAAAACUUCAUCAUCCCAAUGUGGUGGCAUUUUAUGGUGUAGUGCAAGAUGGGCCAGGAGGGACUCUUGCCACAGUAGCAGAAUUCAUGGUGAAUGGUUCUCUUAGACAUGUUUUACUUUGCAAGGACAGACACCUUGAUCGUCGCAAGAGGCUCAUAAUUGCAAUGGAUGCUGCAUUUGGAAUGGAAUAUUUGCACUCGAAGAAUAUUGUGCAUUUUGAUCUGAAAUGUGACAAUUUGCUUGUCAACUUAAAGGAUCCUUCUCGACCCAUUUGUAAGGUGGCUGAUUUUGGGCUGUCAAAAAUUAAGAGAAAUACCUUGGUUACUGGUGGUGUCAGGGGAACGCUUCCAUGGAUGGCUCCAGAGCUAUUGAAUGGUGGAAGUAAUAAGGUUUCCGAGAAGGUCGAUGUCUUUUCCUUUGGGAUUGUGCUCUGGGAAAUCCUCACUGGCGAAGAACCUUAUGCAAAUAUGCAUUAUGGAGCAAUUAUAGGUGGUAUUGUCAACAACACAUUGAGACCGCCUGUGCCAAGCUUCUGUGAUACUGAGUGGAGAAUGCUCAUGGAACAGUGUUGGGCUCCAGAUCCUCCCAUCCGCCCAUCUUUCACUGAAAUUGCCAGACGCUUACGUACCAUGGCUGCUGCCUGUCCAACAAGACCACACGCUCAUCCAGCCAAGUGAUGGCAUGGUGUCCCUUCUUUCUUUUAGGAGUAUACUCUGUUUAUUCUGUAUUAUUCAGAGAGAGGAGAGUGGUCUCCUUUAGAGUGUGAAACAACAUUGUCGAAUACUAACGAGUGACAUUAUAUAUAUUCCCGGGAAACAUGAAAAUCUUUUUAUAUAUUACACUAUGUAAAACAUCAUUUUGUAUCUAUGAUAAAUGGAAAUGUAACUUUGGCCUCAAA